AUGGACAGGAAUAGCUGCAACUCUUCUCAAAAACGGCUGCACAUUGCAUUAAAACUUCCUGUUUUAACUUUGGAAACUAGCAAAUGUAAUGUAAAUCCAAACUCUACUCAUGGUAGAUUUCUGAGAAAAAUCAGUUUGUAUUUACUUGAUGAAGCAUCUAUGAUACCCAAAUAUGCUUUGAGUGCCUUUGAUAAGUUGUUACAAGAUAUUUGUAGUAACAACUUUUCUUUUGGUGGUAAAGUUAUUCUUAUGGGUGGAGACUUCAGACAAAUACUUCCAGUUGUGAAGCGAGGUCGAUCAGCAGAAGUUAUAGAAUCAUGUUUAAAAUGUUCUGAACAUUGGCAAUAUGGGCAAAGGUUCUCAUUAACUGUAAAUAUGAGGGUUCAGAUAGAAGAAGAGGAAUUUUCUCAAUGGCUUUUAAAGCUUGGAAGUGGAACAUUACCUGUCAAGCCUGAAGAUCCUUUGAAAGGGUGUAUUAAAAUACCUGAGCAGUGCUUUCUCAGUGAUAAGGAAUCUAUUCUGGAGAAGAUUUUUGGUGGUGCAGAAGAGGCUAAUUAUGCAAAACGUACUUUUUUAACGCCAACAAAUGUUGGUUCAUUGCCAAUAAAUGAAGAAGUUCUUCAUCGUUUACCCGGUGAUGUGAAAACAUAUUUAAGUUCAGAUAGCAUUGAAACUGAUGAUCAUAAUGAAAUUAAUAACUUUCAAGUCGAGUUUUUAAAUAGUUUGACUCCAUCAAAUAUUAAAGGUGGACAUUGUAAUGGAACCCAUUUGAUGGUGUAUGCACUACACAACAUUUACAUUGAUGGUGAGGUUUUAACAGGUGUAUCAGCUGGUAACAGGGUAUAUGUUCCUCGAGUUCAAUUAGCUCCAUCAGAUGCAAAUUUACCUUUACACUUAAACGUCAUCAGUGUCCAGUUAGCAUUGCAAGUAUUAGAUAUGGAAGUGAACCAAGUAUUAGAUAUGGAAGUAUUAGAUAUGGAAGUUAGUUAUCUUGGUGUCAUUGGUGGUGCCAGCAUUAAAGUUAUGACAAAAAGAGUAUUAACAGCUUUGAUAACUAAUGUUUUAGCUAAAUCUGGUAAUGAUUCGAGUACUGCACUAGACAAUAAUCUAACAACAGAUGUUGUUUAUAUCGACUUUCAAAAAGCAUUCGAUUCUGUAUCACACCCUAAAUUGUUAGCCGAACUAGCUUUAUUUAACAUAAGAAAUGUUGUAUCUGUAUUUACAGAUGAUACUAAAUCAUACAGUUUGCUUUUUGAUAGCUCACCAUGCACUAACCUGCAAUAA